AUGGAAAAACCGAAAAAUGGACGAUGGGUUGAUAAUCCAAAUGCAAGAAGCUUCUUCUGCUCUUUAAUGAGUCUCCUUUACGCUUUAAUGAUUAUUGUUGUAGCAGUUGUGAUCGAGAUUUCUCCAACUUUCAAAAAACGUCUUUAUCUUGGUGAAACGAUUUUUCAUAUUUGGAUGUACGGCAUUGGUACAAUGUUUUUUGUUUAUUGUUAUGUAUUUAUGUUAAAUCCUGGAUGGUUUCGUUAUGCUCAAAAGCUUUUUUACAAGAUUGGAUGGACAAAUGAAGAUGCGAGUUGGUCACUUGAAAAGACUUCACAUACAGCUGAAGGAGCCGGGAGUCUCUAUUUAAGGCUUGGAGCAAUGGUCUUUGGUAUGGUGGGAAUUGUUCUUCUUGGGAUCGAGGUUUUCCUUCUAAUUCGCGAUCACAAUUGCUACUUGUCAAUCCUUCAAUACAGUCUUAUCAUCAUCUUUGCUUUUGUGCAAAUGCAUUUCAUUUUCUGUAAUUCAAAGAUGGCUAUCAAGACCUCGAAAUCAUUAUGCAAAUUUGGUAUGAUGCAUAAUAUUUCUGUCAACAUCUUCACCUGGUUGAGAUUUGUGAUUGUAAAAGCGGCAAGCAAGCACAAGAAAAAGCAAGCGAAAAUGAUCCCAGUUAGCUCGUCAUCUGAAGAAAUGGAAAGACAAAUAACAGAAGGAUUAACGAGUGUGAUUUCAUCAUUUUAUGAUAUUGAAGCGACGAUGAAUCCAUUAAACGAAACAUUGAAGCCCGGAAAAACACUGCAUGCUGAGGAGUACUUUGGAGAUCUCACAACGUUUUUUGUUACUUGUAUUGUUGAAUACUCACUCAUUGGUGCAGCAGUGAUGUUUAUUAUGUGGAUGUCAAUUGAUUCAACUCAUCUACAUCAUUCAACACCUCAAAGAGUGAAGAGAAGAAGUCGAAUGAGGAUUGAUUGCAGCCGUUCAUCUACCGGCCUCUUUGGUGGAAUCAUUUUUAUGAUUCUUGCAUUUGUUUCGAUUGGAGUUUACUCGGUGUUUGACAGUAUGCACGACUUGAGCAAUUCAGUUCUCUGUUUCGGUAUUAUCGAUUUGGUGAUGUUUGUUUGGGUGUUUCUCGUGUGCAUCUUCGGCAUUUGGAAGAUGAGAGUGUUACAAUACCGCAAGGAUCACAGUCAUCACAGUGGGGAAAUUCUUGACGAGAUUCUUCUCGUCAUCGGGCUUUUUGGAGAGAUUGUGUACUGUUGCAUUGCUAUUGAUCUUUGGAUUACCACUCAACAAACGAAAGACCCAAUGCCGGGCUAUGAAUUGCCCGUUUACAUCAGCCGUUUAAUGGCCGUUUUUGUGCAAGCUGUUUUCAUUUUCAUAAGUGCAAGAUUGGUGGCUCGUGGCCCGGAUGAAAUCCGUCAAAAACCCGGCAAACAAGCAGUCACAUUCCUCCUUGUCGCCAAUGUGACUCUCUUUUUCUUUGCCACUUAUGAAUCAAUGAAGCCAACCCUUCCCUAUGACAAAUCGGCCGCUGCUUUCCCGUAUAUAAUCUAUGGAGUUUCACCGCUUGUAGUUUUCUAUAGAUUCCACAGCUCUGUCUGCCUUGUCGACAUCUUUAAGCGAACCUAUAACACUAAACCAUCCGAUAUGACAUCAUCAACAUCAAUGGCUACAACAACUUCCACUGGAGCUUCACUUGAACCA